AUGCAAUACCUCAACACCAUCCUCGCUUUCGCUGCUGCAGUGGCAGCUGUCGACAUCAAGUCGCACGGCGAGUCACACUGCAAAGGUACCGAGAGGGUAUAUGUGAACGCCAAAACCAACCAAUGCUAUGCCGGUGGCGGUAUAUCCUACGCUUGGUCGUUCAAUGCCAUUCCCACAAACUGGAACCUGCAGACUCGAUCUCACAAAGAUGGAAACUGCAAAACGCUAGUUCACGCCUGGAACUCGAAUGGUGCACGCACGGUCUGCCAUGGCGCAGCCGUCAACAACUUGUUGUACACAGGUGCUGGAUACAGCUUCGCCAGCAAGAAGAGGUCGGAAGACACAGUUUUCAACAGCGAAGACUGCAUCUGGAAGCCAGACCUUAUGACUCUGGGAGACGGCACAACAUACAAGCUUACAGAUGUUGAGGACGAAACCGCGAAGAUCAUACUCGCAUAUGGUGAUAACACCACGAUUGCCGAGAACAUGCCAAGCCUAUUCGACGAGUACAUUACACAAGAGCGUCGCUGA